CUCACAGGGUCCACUGCAGAUAAACCUUGAAGACAUAAGGAGCCGGUCCCAAGUCAUGAUCCUGGGAGCCAUCGCCCUGGCUGCCCUGCUGAGCCCCCAUGGAACUGGAGCCAUCAGGGGGGGCCAUAUGUCAGUGUAUGCCGAGUUCGUCCAGACACACAGACCCUCUGGGGAGUACAUGUUUGAGUUUGAUGGGGAUGAGCAGUUCUAUGUGGACCUGGAUAAGAAGGAGACUGUCUGGCAUCUCCCAGAUUUUAUUCAUGCCUUUGACUUUGAUGCUUGGAGGGGUAUUGCUGACAUUGUCAUGGCAAAGAAGAACUUGAACAGCCUGAUCCAACGGUCCAACCACACCAGGGCCACAAAUGAGCCACCUGAGGUGACCGUGUUUCCCAAGGAGCCUGUGGAGCUGGGACAACCCAAUACUCUCAUCUGUCAUGUGGACAAGUUCUUCCCACCUGUGCUCAAUGUCACAUGGCUGCGCAAUGGGCAGAUGGUCACUGAAGGUAUAGCUGAGACCAUCUUCCUGCCCAGCACAGAAUUUAGAUUCCACAAGUUCCACUACUUAACCUUCCUUCCCACGGCUGAAGAUGUCUAUGACUGCAAGGUGGAGCACUGGGGCCUGGACCAGCCGCUCCUUCAGCACUGGGAGGCCCAGGAGCUGAUCCAGGUGCCCGAGACGAAGGAGACUGUGGUCUGUGUCCUGGGUCUGGUGGUAGGCAUGGCGGGCAUCAUCACUGGCAUCAUUGUCCUGAAGACCAGGCAGCCUGACAGCAUCCCUGAGUGCAGGGGCUCCUGUGACAACCCUUAUGAGAUAGAAGAGGAUAUAGCGGAAUGCCCAGCAACAGAUCUACUUUAAAGCUCCAGUGCCUCUGAAUGUCUGUGCUCCUCAACACCAAUGAUCGAUGUCCCCAAAGACCCCUCCAAUCCCUGCCUGUCUGUGAUCCUACUCGCACUUCGCACCUGCGAAAGGCCUCAUACAUAGAAAGUACUCAAUAAAU